AUGCCUGUCACCGAGAUCCUUCUGCUGCGACACGGCCACCGGCUCGCGUGGACAUUGGAUCCCACCACGGGGAAAUAUACCUCGAGCCACCCAUACCCAACAGGACUACCCGCAGACCCUCCCUUAGCGUCGCACGGGGUAUCACAAGCGAUCGAGACCGGAGAAUACUUUGCCUCGUCGUCACCGCUCCGACUAGAUGAACUUGUCAAGCACGACCGACUCAGAAUCUACUCAAGUCUAUUCUACCGGUGCCUGGAGACGCUACGCCCGACAGUAGAAAGGCUACGAGAGAUCGAACUCACAGACUCCAUCUCGCGGCAUUCAAAACACACGCCGCUGGAAGUCCGGGGCGAGCGGGGCAUCGGCGAAUGGUUCGGGCGCGCGUGGUUCGUGCAGCCUCACCCUGCGGAGCCGGAGCGACUCAAGCGCGAGUUUUUCCCUUGGUUGGACGACUCGUAUCAGUCGAGGGUCGUACCAGAGGAGCAUGGUGAGCGCAUCGAGCCCCUGCAUGACCGUGUGGCGCGCGCACUCGCGGCGAUCGUGAAAGAUGUCGAUGAGGAGUACUCAUCAGCUGGCCGGGGUGAUGAGAAGGUCGCGUUGCUGUUAUGUGGUCAUGCGGCGCAGAUCAUCGCUACCGGAAGAGCGCUGACGGGCUUGAUGCCCGAGGACCACGAUGAGGAGGAUUUCAAAUGCUUUACCUGUGGGAUCAGUAGGUUUGUGCGCCGGUCACUGCCGGGGUCUGCUGAUGCUGAUGCCGAUGAUCACUGGUAUUUCCGCGAGGACUGGAGAAAUGGUUCGGGCGUUGCGGGCGGCUGGGAUUGUGUCGCCAACAGCGAUUGUGCGCAUUUGAGUCAGGGCGAGGAGAGAGGUUGGCAUUUCCAUGGCGAUGAGAGCUUUGAUUCUUAUGAGGGCGCAAAGUCUCUCGGGGUACGGGCAUCGGAUGGUGGGUUCUCAUCGCAGCAUAAGCUGUGA